AUGAAUUUUACAAAGAUAUUCAAACCUUCAUAUUUAAAUCUUUUUUUAAUCAAUUUUAUUAAAACAAGUGCCGAAUUUGAUUCAAAUCAUAUUUUUGUAGAAGAAAAUUUAAAUGAAGAUUUUAGUAAAGAAAAAUUUCAAAAGUAUGUAAAGAGAAAUAUAGAAGAGUGCACUAAAAAUUGUAUGAAAAAUGUGAAUAUAAAACUUAAUUUCAUGGACAUGAUUGUUAAUAGAAAAUUAGAUGAAAAAGCUGCUGCUUAUUGUCACUUAUUUUGUUUAAAAAAUUUAGGGUUGAGUAACAUAAAAAGAAAUGGCAGGUGGGCUUUCUUUCCCAUUGUUGGUUUCUCUGAAUUUGUUAGUAGUUUAUUUGCAUUCUUAGGAUUAGUACUUAAUAUUUAUAUUUAUCACUUUAGAUUAUCUAGAUUAAUCAAAUUCUCACCCCUAUCAUUUUCUAUUAAGUUACAUUAUCACGUUUUAAAUGCUGCUUUCUUUACUUCUUUUAUGUAUCAUUUUAAUUAUAAUUCUUUUACUAGAAAUGCCGAUUAUUCUACUGCUUUAUUUUCUAUUUUGGUUUAUACUAUUAAUUCUAUAAAAAGAAUUUUUUUACUUUAUAAAAUUAACAAUGUUUUUUCUCGUAAUAUUAUGUAUGGUGGAAUAGUUAUAUUCGUUAUUUACUAUAAUUACAUGACAUUUAUUAACUUUAAUGCUAUUUUAAAUAAGUUAGUUAUAUUUUUUAUGGUUCUUGUAUCUAAUGUUUGUUAUAUAAUAAUUUACUUUAAAAAGAAGAAUAUUUCUAAUAAUGAUAAUAAGAUUAUGAUACGUAAUUUACUUACUUUUUCAUUUUUAAAAUAUGUUUCUAUUUUAUUUGAAGUAACCGAUUUUCCACCCGUAUUUUAUAUAAUUGAUUCGCAUGCUUUAUGGCAUUUAGGUUUAUUUUUAAGUAUAGGUCCUUAUCAUGGAUUUCAAUGUAAAGAAAUUGAAAUUUUGAUUAAAAAUUAA